GGAAGGGAUACGAUGCAUCGAAAUCCCGCCAUUACUCGUAGAUACUGAACAUGACGGCUUCUUUGCUCAGAUUUGAGUAGCCUCUAACUUACCUCCAAAAGGUAGAGAGUAGUCGAAUCCUAAAUACAGGUAAACAUCAUCUCCAUUGUCGCUCUCAUUUUCUUAUAAGAUGGCUUUUACUUUCCCUGACUAGUGAUACUGUUCUCUCCUCCUAUCCAUCUUCGUUUGCAUCACCGUCUCUCACUCUUUCCUUCUUCCAUUGGGUCUUGCAAUAUGAAGCUUUCAAUAUUUUCCGUGUCUGCCAUUGCAGUAUCUGCAAAUGCCUCCGCUCAUUUGGAGAGCCGUCAGUCGAAUUGGACUGUCGGACAAACUGUCCAGACAAGCAGUGGACCAGUCAAUGGACACCCUAGUCGAAAUGAUUCGCAGGUUUCCGAGUACCUAGGUAUUCCAUUUGCCAAACCGCCUGUUGGGGAUUUGAGAUUUGCUGCGCCAGUUGCAUACAAUGGUAAUGCGACUAUCAAUGGUACCAACUUUGGCUAUACAUGUCCUACCCGAACUACCACAUACAAUGAGACCAUCGUCGCACAAUCAGAUAUCACUUCAACAGGGCUGGGAGUACUAACCUUACUUCAAAGCUCGACAGCACAGAGCGAGGAUUGCUUGACCUUGAACGUGUGGACGAAGCCACAAACCGGCGAUUCAAAGAAGGCUGUUUUGGUGUGGAUUUACGGAGGAGCGUUUAGUAGCGGAACUUCUUCCAUGCCAGCAUAUAAUGGACAGCAUAUUGUGGAGCAAGAGGAUGUGAUAGUGGUAUCUCUCAAUUACCGAUUAAACAUUUUUGGGUUUCCUGGUAACCCAGACAGUCCUGCCAAUAUCGGACUCCUAGAUCAAAGAUUGGCCGUUGAGUGGGUUCGUGAUAACAUUGAAAAAUUUGGCGGUGAUGCAUCCCGUAUCACUUUGUUCGGACAAAGUGCUGGCUCAGCAUCGGUCGAUCUCUACAACUAUGCUUGGGCGCAAGACCCCAUUGCUGCUGGUUUCAUUCAAGAAUCUGGUACGGCACAGAGUUGGGGUCUCCCAAGUACAGCAGAACGUAUCGCGACAGCCUGGUAUAAUGUGAGCGAAGCUUUGGGAUGUGGCGGCCCAUCCGCCAGUAACGUCACUAGUUGCAUGCGUACCAAAAGUACAACGGAUAUUCUCAGCGGAAUAUCUGCGACCUCUGAUUUCCCUGGGUCUUUUGGUAUAUUAGGAAGUUUUCUGCCAACCAUCGACGAUACCGUCGUAUUUUCCAACUAUACCGAACGCUCCUUAGCCGGAAACUUCACAAGUAAGCCCUUAUUAAUCGGAAGCAAUGACAAAGAAGCCACUCUAUUCGUCGUCGCAGCUGCGCUACAAGGUGUGAGCACUUCUGAUGCAGAUGCGCAAACUAUCGAUUUAAUCGGCUUCACUUGCCCAAGCGGUUACCGUGCAAAUUACUCAACCCAAGCGAAUGUUAACACUUGGCGUUAUCGCUACUUUGGUUCCUUCCCUAACACAAUGAUCGUUCCUAAUGCUGGUGCAUGGCAUACUGCCGAAGUCCCCCUUCUUUUCGAUACAAAUCUCGCCAAUCCCCCCGAGACAGCCGAACAGGUAGAAAUCGGAAAAUACAUGCGUGGAGCUUGGGCUACAUUCGCCAAGGAUCCAGAAAAUGGCCUGUCCAACUAUGGAUGGCCAAAAUAUGACGCUGCAGAGGAUACCCUGAUUAGAUUAGCAUACAAUAAUCAGACUGGUGUAAACGCUGCAAGUCCAUCACUGUACGAUACGGAUUGCCCCACAACGCCGGUUUUUAGCAUGAAUGCAACUGGCACAAUGUCAACUUCGUCCGGCACUUCGACAAGCAGCUCGAGCCCAGGCUCCACACCCACAACUGUAUCAACGUCCGGGGGAAUAAGUCUGGAAUCUGGUGUCCUGGGCUUGUUCUUGGCAGUGAUAUUUGGAUCGCAUUUCUUAUUGAGAGAAUUAAGAGAAAGUUUAAUUUUCCUUUAAAUCAAGAUUAUUGUUAAAUUAUAUGGCAAGUGUACACAUGAAAUUGGUUCUUCACAGUCCAUCAUGUUGUAGAGGACGCCCUUCACGUCGUACAUCAACUAUCUCCAGAUUUCCAUCCGCUUGACCCAUCUCACA